GAUGUGGGAUUGAAUGAAAUCUGUUGGGGUGAUUCCUGAGAACAUUCUCAAAAUUUAUGAUGCCUGGUAGGCAAAUGCAAAAGGAGUGCAAGCUUCGUACAGAAACACUCAUGGAUGUAAAGAACUUGUUUUGCUUGUUACAGUCCUGACUCAUCUGGCUGUACCUAGAGGCCCUUUCAUUUGAUCCUGGGAUGUGCUUCUUAGAUUCGCUCAGUCCCAUCUCCCAAAACGCAGCCCGAGUCAGCCAAGUCAGCCGGAGAUCCACGGUGCGUCGCAGCCAUGGGAAAGAAGACAACCACCAAGAAGGGCGCAAGCACCAAGGAGCCAACCACUCGUGAUUGCACCGUCCACUUGCACAAACACAUGCAGAAGAUCUCCUUCAAGAAGCGUGCGCCUCGUGCGGUGCGCGUCGUGAGGCAGUUCGCAGCCAAAGUCAUGAUGACUUCCGAUGUGCGCAUCGACACCAAGCUCAACAAGUUCCUCUGGAGUAACGGCGUGCGCAAUGUGCCGCGACGCGUGCGCGUGCGCUUGUCUCGCAAGCGCAACGAGGAUGAGGAUGCGAAGGAGAAGAUGUUCACCUUGGUGCAACAUGUCCCCGUGGAGAGCUUCAAAGGUCUCCAGACUGAGAACGUCCGAGAUGAGUGAGUGGCGUACUAGACGAGACAAGGGCGCGGAUCUGCAGAAAAAAAA